UUCCCACAGCGCACAGCUACGUCACUUUGUUAGCGACCGCAUGGAACCUUACUUUGAGACACACGGUCGCUUCUUAUGACGUCUCGUUUCCAUAGCCCGCAGUUGAUUGGCCGUGUCUACUCUGACUGGAUGAGCGCUCUCCAUUGAGUUUGCGGGCUUCCCGGCAGGCGUAGCGGCGGUCCUGCUGUAUCUCCGGCCUGCGCUCGCCUGAGCCGAGCCCGCCUGCUGUUUUGUUGCCGUCGCUGCGUCACGAUCGCUCCGGGAAACCGGGAUCAGCUGCGGCAGCUGAAGUGGUUGCCGCCGCAGUGGUGGAAGAAGAAGAAAAAGAGGAGAAGGAAGAAAAAGAGGGGUCAGGAGGAGCCGCUACGGCUGUUACGCGGAAAGGCAGAGAGGGGCGGCGAACCCAGCCGUGCUCGGGCGCUCAGUCACUCCGCGGCACUGGGAGACGCCGCUGAGCUCCCAGUAGCUGCCGCCAAACCCACAGCGGUCACGGCCCGGGAUUCCUCAGCCAGCGGCGUUCGCCGCCGCUUCAGACGGCAACAAGGUAAGAGAAAGUACAAAAUGUCAAAAAUCCGACGGAAGGUCACAGUAGAGAAUACCAAGACUAUAUCGGAUAGCACAUCGCGCAGACCAAGUGUUUUUGAGAGACUUGGACCUAGCGCAGGGAAUAGUGCUGAGACUCAAUGUCGUAAUUGGAUGAAGACUGGGAACUGUAUAUAUGGUAAUACCUGUAGAUUCAUUCAUGGCCCUUCACCAAGAGGCAAAGGUUAUAGUAGCACAUAUAGAAGGUCACCAGAAAGGCCACCAGGAGAUUUGCGGGAAAGAAUGAAAAAUAAGCGUCAGGAAGUAGAUUCUGAGUCUCAAAAACGAACUACUGAGGAAUCCACAUCCCCAUCAAGGAAGGAGUCUUCCCGUGGUAGGCAUCGUGAUAAGGAAGAUAUUAAAAUUACUAAAGAGAGAACCCCUGAAAGUGACGAGGAGACAGCUGAAUGGGAAACUACAAGGGAUGAUUCAGACAAUGGUGAUGUUAACUAUGAUUAUGACCACGAGUUAUCACUGGAAAAGAAGCGUCAGAAAAUUCAGAGAGAAUUAAUGAAACUGGAACAGGAGAACAUGGAAAAGCGUGAAGAAAUUGUCAUUAAAAAAGAGAUAUCUCCUGAAGUAAUACCAAAAAUGUCACCUUCACCAAGAAAGUCAAGCCGAUCUCCCAAGCGAAAAUCCAGUCCCAAGCCUACCAACGUGUCUAGCAAGAAAGAAAAGAAGGCAGUUACUAGUUCUCCUCCAGCUCCUGAUCAACAAACAAGGCAUUCAAAAAGUGCUCAAAGCAAAAAGAAAGGUCCUCGUACACCAAGUCCGCCUCCACCAACCCAAGAGGAAGCCCUGUUUUCUAAAAAGCACAAGGAAAAACAUAAAACAAAAGAUCGCAUUGAUGAAAAGGUUAAAGAUGUAAAGGAAAGAGGACGUGAUGUGGAGAAACCUAGAGACAAAAAAGAAAAGCAAAGAGAUGCUUCUGGGGGGUCUCAUAGACAAAAACGAUCCCCAAGUCCGGCUGAUCGAUCAUGUAGCAACUCAUCCCAUUCGAGGGACUACUCUCCUCCCGCGCCUCGGAGGCGACAUCCUUCAUCUCCAGUACUUACAAAGUCUUCAGCCCAUAAGCAUGCAGUAUCCCCAUCUCACCGAUCUGUUUCUCCUUCUGGGCGCCAUCAUUCUCCCAUGUCUUCCAGGCACCAUUCUCCUUCCUCACAGUCAGGGUCUUCUGUGCAAAGACAUUCUCCUUCACCUCGCCAUAGGAGGUCACCUUCUCCUUCCUACCAAAGAACUGCAUCCCCAACAACUAGGCGCCAAUCCACAUCUCCAUACGCUACACGUGCAUCCUCGUCUCCACAUAGAAAGAGGAGCCCAUCCAAGCAUCGUUCCCCAGCUAGAGAGAAGGGGAGACAUGAUAGGGAGAGGACAUCUGCUUCACAGGACAGAAGGCACGAAAGGAGAGAUGAGAGCAGAGGAAGAAAAGAUAAAGAUAGAGAAAGAGAUGAGAGAGAUAGAGAUCACGACAGGGAACCAAGUGGCUCUAGAGAUCACAGAGAUGACAGAGAAUCUCGUGAGGGUCGUGACCGUAGGGAAGUCAGAGACAACCGUGAUCGUAGGGAACCUAGAGACUCGCGAGAUAGUCGGGAGACUAGGGAUUCUCGAGAAUAUAGAGAUGUCAAAGAAAGCCGUGACCAGAAGGAUUCACGUUCAACUCGUGAUGCUCAUGAAUACAGAGAUAGAGACAAUAGAGAAUCCCAUCGAAAAGAUGAGCAGUAUGAUGAACGUAGCUACAGAAAUCAUGGCAGAGACGAUACUUCCCGUGCUGAAAGCAGAAACGAAACAAGGAAUGAUUCCAGGAAUGAAAAUAGAAGUGACACUCGUAAUGACCGCAAUGGUCGAACAAGAGGACGAGCUCCAGAUCCACCUGAAAAAGCAGGCAGAGCAGCUAGAAGCUCCCAGGCAGAUAAUCACAGCAGCAGCAGCAACUACCAUGACAACUGGGAGUCGAGAAGUAGUUACACAGAAAGAGAUCGAUACGACAGUCGUGAUCAAGGACGCGACUCUUCUUUUGAUCGAAGACAUGGAGACCGGGAUCGACGGGACAGAGACAGAGAUCAAAGACCAACUUCACCAGUUAGACACCAGGGAAGGAGUGAUGAUACAGAAAGAGAAGAAAGAAGAGAAGAGCGUAGGGUGGACAGAACAGAUGAAAGAAGAGAUGAAAGAGCUAGAGAGCGUGAGCGUGACAGGGAGAGAGAAAGGGAAAGGGAACAAAGAGAAAGAGAGAGAGAAAAAGAAAGGGAAUCUGAGAGGGAGCGAGUUCGUGAGAGAGAAAGAGAAAGGGAGCGAGAAAAGGACAGAGAGAGAGAGCGUGAAAAGGAGCGGGAGAGAGAAAGAGAGGAGCGGGAGAGAGAAAGGGAACGUGAAAGGGAGCGUGAAAGGGAGCGUGAGCGGGACAGAGAUCGAGAGAGAGAACGGGAGAGAGAAAGAGAGCGGGAAAAAGAUAGAGAAAGAGGCAGGGAAAGAGAGAGAGAUCGUCCUAGGGACUGGGAGGAAAAAGAAAAAACAAGAGAAGACCGAAGGGAUAAAAGAGAAGAUGUGCGGGAAGAGAAAAGAGAGACGCAUGAAGAUAGAAAGCCUAAGUCGGAGAAGGGCAAAAUAGAAGGGCAAAUAAAUCAAAACCUACACAAAGACCAACGAAAGCGACACAGGAAUGAAAGCAGCCCAAGCCCACGCCAGUCCCCCAAGCGUCGCCGAGAACACUCCCCUGAUAGUGAUGCUUACAACAGUGGAGAUGAUAAAAAUGAAAAGCACAGACUUCUGAGCCAAGUGGUUAAACCCCUAGAUACCCGUUCUCUAAGUCCUGCUCAUGUUAAUGAAGAAAGACAAUCACGCUGGAAAGAAGAGGAACGCAAAUCAGAAAGAAAGGAGAGCUCAAGGCGCUAUGAAGAGUCAGAAACUAAAGAGAGAGCAGUUCCUGCAGCAGAAAAGCAGAGGGAACAUUUAGCAGAACCUAGUGAAAAUUCUAAAGUUAAAGAUCUGGACACUGUUGUUCAGCACAAAGCAGAGGAAAGGGAUAUUUCCGAAAAGCUACACGACGACAAAACAAAGAAAACAAAAUUGCAAAAGAAAGCUGCAAAAAAGAAAAAAGAGGAUGAGGUUGGAACAGAAAAAAGCACAACAGAGUCUCAGUCUGAUGAUGUUCAAGUCUUUUCACCUAAGAAAGGACAGAAAAAGAAGAGUGUUGAGAAAAAACGUAAGAAAUCCAAGGGUGACUCUGAUGUUUCUGAUGAGGAAGUUGUUCAGCCUAGCAAAAAGAAAAAAGGACCUAGAACACCACCCGCUACAGUUGCUCCAGUUUCGGUAGCAGCACCCAUAAAGGAAGAAGUCGUUGAAGUGUUGCCUGAGAAAAAAGUGGUAGAGAAAAAAGUGGUAGAAGUUUCUCAAGAAAAAGAGACCGCAUUUAGUGACUGGUCAGAUGAAGAUGUUCCAGAAAGAAAAGAACCUGUUCCUUUAGAGAAAAGCAUAGAGGAACCUAUCAAAAAGCCUUCUAAAGUCAAAGUAGAAAAAGAGGAACCUCGACCUGCAGCCGCCGAAGAACCUCCUCCUCGUAAACCCACAGAGCAAAAACGUAGCAGCAGCAUAUCCAGCAACCAGAGCCGCACAUCCAGCCGCCUUCGGUCACCAUCCAUUGAUUCUGUUCAUCGAAGUGGAGAAGACCAUAAUGCAAGAAGGAGAUUAUUGCAUGGUAGCUCUAGAGAUCGUGACAGAAAUAAAAGCAUUGAGCCCACCGGGGAACGCAAGUCCAGGAUAGAUCAGCUGAAACGUGGAGAGCCUAGCCGCAGCACUUCAUCAGAUCGUCAGGAUUCAAGAAGUCACAGUUCCAGAAGAAGUUCCCCUGAAUCAGAUCGUCAGGUGCAUUCCAGAUCUGGGUCAUUUGACAGCCGGGAAAGAGCUUCCGAAAGAGAGCGUUACGAAUAUGAGAGAGAGCGUGACAAGGACAGAGAGAGAGAAAGGAGAGUUGGAAGACAGAGGGAGUGGGAUCGGGAAGCUGAUAAAGAAUGGCCAAGAACCCGAGACCGUGACAGGAUAAGAGAAAGAGAGCGUGAAAGAGACAGGAGGAGUGACAUUGAUAGGGAACGUGAGAAAGUUCUUCCUGACAGUACAGAGAAAGAACGAGUACGCCUUCUUGAUAUGCCACCCAUUGCUGAGCCAAAACGUACUGAUCUAAAGGAAAGGGACCUGGACAAAAAUUAUGAUAAUAGCAGCCGAAAUAUUUCAGCUGUGGAUAAAAUAGACCGAAACCCUGAAAACUCGCAGGAUAUCAGCAAUAGCCGUAAAACUGAAAAGCCAGAGAGCUUUGAUGGUGGAGAUGAUGAGGAGCCCAAGUUAGAAGAUGACCAGUCAGGGGACUCUGUAGCUGGAGAAGAAUAUGAGCCAAUUAGUGAUGAUGAACUGGAUGAGAUCUUGGCCGAUGAUGCAGAAAAGAAAGAAGAUCAUCAACAAGACGACGACAAGCCAUCAGAUCCUUUGGACGUUAUUGAUGUGGACUGGUCCAGUUUGAUGCCAAAACAGCCUAAGGAACCUCGGGAGUCUGGUGCUGCACUCUUGAAAUUCACGCCAGCAGCAUUAUUACUUCGUGUUGGCAUUUCAAAGCGCUUGGCUGGACCUGAACUAUUUAAUAAAGUUAAAGACCUUUGCCAGCAGUCUCUAGAAAAGCCAAAAGAUACAGAGACCCUGUUUGAACAUGAUCUGGGAGCUCUAAAUAUGGCUGCACUGCUGAGGAAACAGGAGAGGGCCGGCUUGCUUAGCAAUCUAGGACCCUGUUGUAAAGCCCUGUGUUCUCGGAGAGACUUGGCUAUUCGCAAGCAGCUUGUUCAGAACGAGAAGGGUACAGUGAAACAGACUUACUCGAACCCUCCUGUAGUGGACAGUGAACUUUUGAGGUUAAGCUUGCGCCUUUUUAAGCGGAAACCUUCAAACCUUGUUUUAAACCAAGAAAAGAGCGAUGAAUGCAAAGUUUCUGACUCUGGCAAGAAGCCUGAACCUUGCAUUUGUUAAAUUUGAUUUAUUUAUCAUGAGACUCACUCUCAGAUGUGCAUUGCCAUGUUUCCCCCUCAUGCUAUUGUUUUGUUUGACUAUACAUAGUGCAAUGCACUCUCUUGUAAAGUGAAAUAUAAAGAUUUCUUUUAAAAUA